UGGAGACGUGGAAAGUUUGCAGGCGGGACCUGAGCGCACUCACAACUUACGGCAAUCUUUUCGGCCAGCUCUCUAGCGGAAACCCAUGGUGUCCCAUUUGUUCAAGAUGCGUGAGUCUGUGUUCUGUCUUGUUUUUCUCUCCCUAGGCCUGUUUGUCAGCGCGCAGUAUGAAAAAUAUAGCUUCAGAAGUUUCCCCCGUCACGAGCUGAUGCCACUGGAGUCCGCGUACCGCCAUGCCUUGGACCAGUACAGCACAGAGAAGUGGAAGGAGACGGUGGAGUUUCUGGAGGUGAGCCUGCGCCUGUAUCGCCUCUUGCGGGACAGCGAGGCCUUCUGCAACCUCAACUGUAGCUCCGUGCGCUUUGAUAAUGAAGUGCGCUUUAGCGAGUUUCCAGAGCUCCACGCCUUUGGGAACGUUAUGAAGCGAGCACAGUGUCUGAAGAGGUGCAAGCAGGGGUUGCCCGCAUUCCGGCAGACGCUGCCCAGCCGAGAAACGGUGGAGGAGUUUGAGAGACGCGAGCCAUACAAGUACCUGCAGUUUGCCUACUUCAAAAGUGACAACGUUGCAAAGGCCGUGUCUGCGGCUCACACGUUCAUGCUGAAACACCCAGAUGACGAGAUGAUGCAGAGAAAUAUGGCUUACUACAAGAGCCUGCCCGGGGCAGACGAGCACCUCAAAGACCUGGAGAGCAAGUCUUAUGAGACGCUGUUUGUGCGUGCAGUGAGAGCUUUCAAUGGCGAUAACUUCCGCACGUGUGUGUCGGAUAUGGAGCUGGCUCUGAGAGACUUCAUCAAGGUCUAUGACGAGUGCUUGGCAGCCUCUGAAGGCUCCAGAGAAAUUAAGGAUUUCAAAGACUUCUACCCAUCCAUUGCAGCACACUACACUGAGGUUCUGGAGAGGAAGGUGCGGUGUGAGGCCGACCUAAACCCUGUAGUGGGGGGAUACGUGGUGGACAAAUUUGUGGCUACGAUGUACCACUACCUGCAGUUUGCCUACUACAAGCUGAAUGACCUUAAGAAUGCGGUGCCGUGUGCCAUGAGCUACCUGCUGUUUGACCCGGAGGACGAGGUGAUGAAGAAUAACGUGGUCUACUUCCAGUACCACCGCAGCAAGUGGGACCUCGUCGAUGAAGACUUCCAGGCGCGAUCGGAGGCAGUAAAGAUAUACAAUCAGACCACCAUGCAGACACAACUCUUAGAGUUCUCCCGACAAAAGCUUCUGGAUGACGAUGAGGGCGAAGUAGUAGAAUUUCUGGAUGAGUUCCUGGAUGAUGAAGUAUGAACAUCUCACGAGUGAAAUGAACAAUCACACUGUUUGGCAGCACACACAAGCACCCACAUGCACACACAGUCCAACACCCCAACUAGUUUUAUCUGUGUCACUCACUAAUCCAGACUGAUAGUUACUGAUAGUGGUUGGUUCCAAAUUCUUAACUCUAGAAGGGCAAAGUUGCAGGCCUUUGCCGGCCACACACACACAUGCACACAGGUGUACGCAAUACACUGAUCCACCACUAUACGUAGUGCACUACAAGGUGCCAUGGACCUCCACAACUAUGCAAACUCCUAUGGGUAUUAUUUUAUUUGUAGGUGGGGGGUGGGGGUGAGGAGUUAAGAGAUCUGUUUUGAGUUGUGUAUUUGUUGCCAUGUCAUCCUUUUUUGAUGAGCCUUUUCUUAUGAGAAACCCAAGCGGAGUACCUGGAGAUAAUUAUAUGUCACUGAUUUUAUUUUUGUCAUUUUGAGAGAAAGUCAUUUCCGGGAUGUACAGAGUUUAAAAUAAAAAACGUUUGUUACA